AUGUCGGCCUCGACCAGGUUACCGGUGGUCGGCGGGACCCUAGCCAUCACAGCAGCCAUCAUCGCGGCGUGGAGAAACCCUGCCGUGCAAGAACUCCUCGUCGAGUACCUGGGGACGUCGGCGAGCUCGAAUAUGCUCAAGGCAUUGGUCGCCGGAGCGGCGUUGGUGAAUUUCAAGAAUAUUCCGGGGGUUUGGCAUAUCCGAGUACUGCGAGGCAUCAUAUACCAAAUCUACUUCCAACGCCGUCCUAUACCGCCGAAGCACCUCUUCGCUCCUAUGGUCACGGAGUCAUAUAAUACGCUCUACGAUACGGAUUACAACUUUCACAAGUCGAAUUCGACGUACUUUGCCGAUCUCGACGUCUCGCGUGCUCACGCCGUGGGGGCUUUGAUACGCACUGGACUGGCGAGAUUGAAUGCUGGUGAUGAGGAGGGUCUACCCACUUCUCAAAUAGAAGUCAAGGGCAACUAUGUCGUGGCUUUGGGAGCCGUGAGCUGCUUCUUCCAGAAACAGAUUGAGCCCUUGCAAGGGUUUGAGAUAUACACAAGAGUUCUGUCAUGGGAUCGGAAAUGGCUAUAUCUAGUCUCGCACAUCGUGAAGAAGGGCGUGAUUAAGCCAGACUCGUACGUUCUGCAACCGUGGAAGAACUCGAAGAAGCAACGCGCAGCGCAGAGGAAAGAAGAGCAGGACCUUUCGAAACACAUCUUCGCGACGAGUGUGUCGCGAUACGUCUUCAAGAAGGGCCGACUCACGGUCAACCCGGAGAUCGUACUGGAGAGGUCUCGACUCCUACCACCUCGACCGGCCGGCGUGGGAUACCCUCCAAGAUCCGAAUCCGUGUCGGACACGCCGGCGAUAUUCACCCCUGCGACACCUGCCGCAAACGGCACCACAGGUGCGAAUGCUGACGAACUCAGCUCGAAGCUCGCAGAUGUGAGCAAGAGUGCAGAGAGCACCGAGGAUGAUUGGACGUGGGAGGAUAUGGAGGCUGAGCGACUCCGUGGACAUGAGUUUGCUGCUCAUUUUGAUGCGUUGAAUGGUCUGCAUGGCGAGUUGAAGGGUGGCGAUGUCCUGGGGAAGUUUGGCGAUUAUUUUUGA